GUGAUACCCGCUUGCGUCAAUUUGUAGGCUCUUUGACCUUAACGAAGAAGCCCUUUUAAUCGACACUGGAAAGUUGUAUAAUAAAAACAAGGCGAACCAAAGGACCUUCAUCUGGGGCAUAGUCCUGUGUCCGGAGGGCUUUGUUCUCAUACCAUAACCAUCAACAUCAACUGUGUUGCGGAGGAACGAUGUUUUCGCUUUCGCCACAACAGAUGAUAUUGCCCCUGAGCCAGCUCGCCAAUGCGAUCCAUUCCCUGAAGAGUGCGGCUAGUUCGGCGGUCACAGCGUCUGUGCAGAACCUGCAGAGUGUCCCAGCUCCAGAGAACGACCUCCUGCCGAGAGAUCCCAGUGUGAGCCUGAAGGAUGUGGGUCUGUCUGAGUUCGGGGCUGGUCAGCUGGAGGAGCUGGUCAGCAGGUUACUGCCCUGCCUGGGGCCGCUGGAGGCCCCCUCCUGCUCUUCCCCGUGGAGGACCUCUCACGCUUCCGCAAAAUCCUUCUUCCACAACAAGCACGGGUUUACUCAGAGAACGGCUGGCUCGGCGGUAUUCCACAGACAACCGCACAGCCCUCUGCAGUCACUCUGCACACAGCUGGACUAUUUACCAGCAGGCGUCCAGAGUCGUGGGUUCAAGACCCUGAAGUCGAGCACCAGGCGGAGGGACCCCGCCUCCCAGGCCCCCUCAGAACCGGAGAGCUACACCCCAGCCUUCAUGAAGAGUCUCCUGGGCAGAGAGAAGGGCACCGAGGCCCAGACGGUGGACCAGCUGAUGAAGCAGAAGAACCUCCCUGAGGCCCAGCAGGAGGCCUUCAAGACGGGCUUCACCGAGGGCUUCAUGAAGUCCCAGGCCUACUCCCAGAGGACUCCAGAAUCUGUGAGGCGGACCCGGUUGAUCUUGUUGGUGCUGCUGGGGGCGGGCCUGUACGGUCUGUUCAGGUCGCCCUUCCUCUCCGUGAGGUUCCGAGCCACCUCGGGCCUGGACUCGGCCGUGGACCCGGUCCAGGUGAAGAACGUGACCUUUGACCACGUGAAGGGCGUGGACGAGGCCAAGAACGAGCUGCAGGAUGUCGUGGAGUUCCUCAGGAACCCCCAGAAGUUCACCGUUCUGGGGGGCAAGCUGCCCAAAGGCGUCCUGCUGGUGGGACCCCCGGGCACCGGGAAGACCCUGCUGGCGCGCGCCGUGGCCGGGGAGGCCGACGUCCCCUUCUACUACGCCUCGGGGUCGGAGUUCGACGAGAUGUUUGUGGGCGUGGGCGCCAGCCGCAUCAGGAACCUCUUCAAGGAGGCGAAGGCAAGCGCCCCGUGUGUGAUCUUCAUCGAUGAGCUGGACAGUGUGGGGGGGAAGAGGAUUGAGUCCCCCAUGCACCCCUACUCCAGACAGACCAUCAACCAGCUGCUGGCUGAGAUGGACGGGUUCAAACCAAACGAAGGAGUCAUUGUUAUCGGUGCUACAAAUUUUGCAGAAGCUUUGGACAGUGCUCUGGUGAGGCCCGGGCGGUUCGACAUGCAGGUCACCGUCCCCCGACCCGAUGUCAAAGGUCGCACGGAGAUCCUCAACUGGUACCUGUCCAAGAUCAAGGUGGACCCUGCGGUUGAGGCGGGGAUCAUAGCGCGCGGCACGGUGGGCUUCACGGGGGCGGAGCUGGAGAACCUGGUGAACCAGGCGGCGCUGAAGGCGGCCGUGGACCUGAGGGAGCGCGUCACCAUGAGGGAGCUGGAGUUCGCCAAGGACAAGAUCCUCAUGGGUCCGGAGAGGCGCAGCGUGGACAUCGACAAGAAGAACAAGGAGAUCACGGCCUACCACGAGUCGGGGCACGCCAUCGUGGCGUACUACACCAAGGACGCCAUGCCCAUCAACAAGGCCACCAUCAUGCCCCGCGGACCCACCCUCGGACACGUGUCCAUGCUGCCGGAGAACGACCGGUGGAGCGAGACGCGGGCCCAGCUCCUGGCCCAGAUGGACGUCAGCAUGGGGGGCCGCGUGGCCGAGGAGCUCAUCUUCGGAGACGAGUACAUCACCACGGGUGCUUCCAGUGACUUUGACGGUGCCACCAAAAUAGCCAAGAUGAUGGUGACCCGCUUUGGGAUGAGUGACAAGCUGGGGGUCAUGACCUACAACGACCUGACCAAGCAGAGCCCCGAGACCCAGGCCGCCGUGGAACAGGAAGUGCGCGUCCUUCUGAAGGACUCGUACGAGAGGGCCAGGACCCUCCUGAAGACCUACAGCCAGGAGCACGAGAACCUGGCGGGGGCGCUGCUCCGCCACGAGACCCUCGACGCCAAGGAGAUCCGGCUGGUCCUGGAGGGCAAGGUGCUGGAGCACUGAACCCCCCCCCCCCCCACACACACACACACAAUCUGCUUCCUUUUACGGAAUCAUCCCCUAUGCUACAUGGUCUUUAGUCAGUUUGUUAUUUUAUUUUCUAUUUCUGUUGUCGGAGAUAACCUAACAGACUAUUAUUAAUAUUAUUAUUAUUAUGUUUUAUUCUGGAACUUUGAUUAAAGGGGCCCUCAUUUUAUCACCAGGUGUGAUGUUGGUUCGUCAUUACAAGGAAUUUUGAAAACUACCCAGCAUCUCUUUGGGUGGACACUCCCACAUGUGAUGUCACUAGUGGAUGGAUUCUGAAACGGCUCGUAAUGAUCAGCCAUUGAUGAACCUUACAGCUGGUGUAAGGUUCAGCAAUUUUAAACCCCUGAGUUGUACUUGGAAGACGAACACUUGUUUUGGUUAAUAACUGAAAUUGUCAGUUAUGUGUAAACCUUGAACAAUUUACAUUAUGUUAAUAUAUAGACUGCAAACCAAUGUUAUCUUGCCAGUCCAAUGAUUGUCGACAUGCCACCAUAUUUUUAGAAGUUAAAGAACGCGUUUUACCAAAUAGCUGCAGCAAAAAUUUGACUCUACUUGUGACCUUCAUAUUUUAGUUAGUGUUUUAUUUUCCUCGGUUCAGCAGCAUCUGCUGUUAUUCGAUGUCCUUUGUAUUUAUACGUGCCCAAAGUGUGUCUUUUAUUUUUCUCCUUCUUGCAUCGUGUGCAGCUACCCAAAGCUGAGCGAGAAGGGGUGUAUAUACUGUACCUGCGUGGAUAGGAAUCGGCCCUGUGCUUGUUUUUGUCUCCUAAAAUAGGAAACAAGGUGCUGUGUCGAAUAUCAAUAAAGGUUUUUAAACAUG